AUGAAAGAUAUCUUCAAAUGUGAGAUGACCUUUGGUCGUAAAGUUAUGGUGUUCGGUGGUGACUUUAGACAGAUACUUCCGGUUGUACCAAAUGGAAGUAGGCGAGAAAUCAUUAAUGCUUCAAUCACUUUGUCGGAUAUUUGGAGUAGUUGCAAGGUCCUUACGUUAACCAAAAACAUGAGGUUAACCGUAGGAGCGAACGCAUCUGAUAUAGAAGAGAUUAACGCGUUUGCGAAUUGGUUGCUCGAGUUGGGGGAGGGAAAAAUUGGUGGCAGUGACGAUUGUGAGGUGGUUAUAGAUAUUCCUGAAGAUUUGUUAAUCAAGUGCUCUGAGGAUCCUACAUCAGAUUUGAUCGACUUUGUAUAUCCUUCACUUCUCCAACUGUACAAAAAUAAAGAUUAUUUUGUUGAAAGAGCUAUACUAGCACCAACAAACGAGGUUGUUCAAGAAAUUAAUGAAAGAUUGCUUGCUUCGUUUCCUCGCGAUGAAGUCGAGUAUCUGAGUUCUGAUAGUAUUUGUCAAACUGAUCAAGCAAAGAACGAAGCACAUGCUAGACUAUAUUCUCCCGAUGUUCUGAAUGGUCUUAAAAUUUCUGGUCUGCCUAAUCAUCGAUUAGUCCUUAAAGUUGGUGUACCUGUAAUGUUGCUUUGUAAUAUUGAUCAACAAAAUGGUUUAUGCAACGGUACGAGACUGCGGAUUACUAAACUUUAUAAACGUGUUAUAGAGGCUGAGAUUAUGUCCGGCGGAAACAUAGGGACCGGAAUGUUUAUUCCACGAAUCAGUUUGACACCGUCGGAUAAAAGAAUUCCUAUCAAGUUUCAACGACGACAAUUCCCCUUAAAUGUAUGUUUUGCAAUGACUAUAAAUAAAAGUCAAGGACAGUCUCUAUCAAGGGUUGGAUUGUAUUUGAAAUAUCCAGUUUUCUCACAUGGUCAGCUUUAUGUUGCAUUAUCAAGAGUUAAAAGUAGAGCCGGUGUGAAAUUGCUUAUACUAGACAAAGAUGGGAAUGUAACGAGUAAAACAACAAAUGUAGUCUACAAGGAAGUUUUUUCCGGUAUUUGA